AUGACAAUCACACCUCUCGCUUUUGGCUAUGCUAAAGAUCCAUGGACAGUUUAUUUUGCUGGUCAAAAAAUAGAAGGUGCAUCAGCCAUAUCUUUUGAAGUAUUAAGUGAUGGUUAUGCAAAAGAUCCAUGGAAUGUUUACUAUAUAGGUCAGAAAAUAGAAGGUGCGUCAGCAAUAUCAUUUCAAUCAUUAGGCCAAGGUAUCGCAAAAGAUGCAUUUACUCAUUAUUAUUGUGGACAAAAAUAUAAUGAUUUAACCCCACCCAUGCAUAAUUUUCAUUAA